CAAAAUUGUGUACUAGCCUAGAGAGCCUUUUCAACUCUGGCGGCAAACAUUCGAUGAAUGAAGUAUGUCUUUAGUUCUGCCAAGUCUUCCUCACAACCUGCCGUCCGGAACGUCGGUGGCCUCGUCGCUGACUGUCUCACGGGCAUCGCAUGCACGAGAGCAGUGGACAGGACGGCUGGACUACCUGCUGUCAUGUCUCGGCUUUGCUGUUGGUCUGGGCAACGUCUGGAGGUUUCCUUAUAUGGCCUUCAGCAAUGGCGGAGGGGCCUUCUUCAUCCCCUAUUUCACCAUGUUAAUCUUCACGGCGAUGCCAGUUUUCGUGCUUGAGUCAAUGGUGGGACAAUUUUCAAGUCUAGGCGCUACAACAUGUUGGGAGUUCUGUCCCUUCUUUAGAGGUUGCGGCGUGUCCAUGAUGUUCAUCUCAGGCAUGACCUGCAUCUACUACAACAUGAUCCUGGCCUGGGCCGUCUACUACAUCUACGCCUCGGUCGCCGUGGAGGUGCCGUGGUUCCACUGUGGGAACUGGAGCACCGCUUACUGUAUAGAGAACAUUAAGACGGUGUCGAUAGCCGAAUGCAGGUACCACAACGGGACUCCAGCAAGCAACGGCGUCUGCGAGCAGAAUGUCUUCGACCAGGUCGUGCUAUGGGACUCCAGACUGGCGAAAAUCAGCGGCGUCCCCAUCGCCUUUCCAGCGGCGGAAUAUUUUGAGAGAGAGGUGCUGGGUUGUGGGCGUGGCUACUCCAUGGCGAACAUGGGCUCAAUAAAACCUCACCUGCUCGUCAGCCUUAUCCUUGCUUGGGUGCUCGUCUUCCUCUGCCUCUACAGGGGCAUCACGAUUUCCGGGAAGAUAGUCUAUGUCACAGCUCUCCUCCCCUACGGGUUUCUAAUGGUCUUGUUUUUUCGUGGUGUUACCCUUGAUGGAGCCUUAGAAGGCAUCAAGUACUACAUCAUUCCAGAACUGGACAAAACAUUAUCUACAACGAUUUGGAAAAAUGCCGGCUCGCAAAUUUUCUUCAGUCUGUCAUGUGCGUUUGGUGGGUUGGUAACGUUGUCAAGUUAUAACAAGUUCCACCAUGACCUACUCAGAGACUCUCUCGUCGUCUGCCUCGGCAACUCAUUGACCAGCAUCUUCGCCGGCUUCGUCAUCUUCUCCUUCAUCGGAUUCCUUUCCAAGUCGACCAACAUCCCCAUCAGCGAGGUGGCUGCUGCCGGUCCUACCCUCGCCUUCAUUAUCUACCCUUUCUGCCUGACCAAAUUACCGUGGACAAGCCUCUUUAGCGUUUUCUUCUUCAUCAUGAUCAUCCUGCUAGGUAUAGACAGCCAGUUCGUGCUAGUUGAGACCGUCAUCACUGGGGUGUUGGACUAG